UGUUGAAUUCCUUGUAUUGUUAUUUAAAUGUUCUGAAGGUAACUAGCCCUUCUGAUUACCUGUGAAGAAACGGUUUCACUUUGUUGAUAAGGUCCGUCUAACUUCUGUCUCGGGGAAUUUUAAAAUUUAGUUUUAGAUUCUGUAUCUGGAUUUAUUUGCACCUAUUCGUUUGGAUUAUAUCAUUUUGUUCAUUUCGUUAAAAAUGAUGUAAGUGAUACAAAGUGAAAUGGACAUGAUUGACAAGCACCUGUCACCAAUCUACAGGUAAACUCUAGAUAAUCAGGUAAAGGUGCUGUCAAAAUGGAGGUAGCAGAACAAAAUGGUGGUGACCCUGAAAGAGGGGUGGAGGAUAUGAUCAACCUCAGUUUACUUGACGAAGAGGUCAUUCUAAAGAAUAUCAAAGCCAGAUAUGAAAGAGAACUUAUAUAUACAUUUACUGGGAGUAUCCUGGUUUCAGUCAACCCUUAUAAGAUGUUUAAUAUCUAUGGGCUUGAUAUGGUCAAGAAAUAUGAAGGCAGAGCUCUUGGAAAUUUACCACCACAUCUUUUUGCCAUUGGUAGUACAUCCUACAGUAAGAUGAUGAAGGACGUGGAGAACCAAGUUAUUGUUAUCAGCGGAGAAAGUGGUUCUGGUAAAACAGAGGCAACAAAGUUAGUGAUGCAAUAUCUGGCUGCUGUUAAUAAGAAUGGAAACAAUCUGAUUACUGAACAGAUCCUGGAAGCUAAUCCACUCUUAGAAUCAUUCGGAAAUGCUAAGACAAUUCGCAAUGACAAUUCAAGCAGAUUUGGAAAAUACAUCGAAGUAUUCUUUAAGAGUGGUUCAAUGGUUGGAGCUAGAACAUCCGAGUAUCUCCUUGAAAAGUCACGCAUUGUAACUCAGGCACCAGAUGAAAGAAACUACCAUGUGUUCUAUGAAAUUUUAGCUGGCAUGACAGAAGAUGAGAGAAAGAAAUAUGGUCUACAGACAGCAAAUAAAUACUUUUAUUUAAAUCAGGGAGGUAACUGUGAUAUUUCUGGUCGGAACGAUGUAGAAAACUAUCGUGUAUUAACUGGUGCUUUUCACGUGUUGAACUUUGAAGGAAAUGAAAAGGAAACAAUAUACAAAAUCUUAGCUUCUGUUUUACACUUUGGAAAUAUAUUUUUCAAACGAGUACAUGACUCUUCCCAUGAUACUGUGUUACUUGGAAAUGAUGCUGAGAUCAAAUGGAUAUCACAUCUCUUACAACUCUCUGAAGAUUGGCUGAAACAGGCUCUUACUAGCAAAGUCACGGAGACUAGAGGAGAUAGAGUUGUUUCCCCCUUCAACAUAGAUCAAGCUUUAGAUUCAAGGGAUGCCAUAGCCAAAGCUUUAUAUAGUCGUCUAUUUACCUAUUUGGUGGAGAAGAUUAAUUUAAUUACCUGUAGGUCAGAGAGAGAAAAGUCCACAUCAUUGGCACUACUGGAUAUUUUUGGAUUUGAGGAUUUCCACACAAAUAGUUUUGAACAACUUAAUAUUAACUAUGCUAAUGAGACAAUGCAGUUCUUUUUCAAUCAGCAUAUAUUUAGAAUAGAACAAAAUGAAUAUUCAAAGGAAAACAUAGACUGGCGACACAUAGAAUUCCUGGAUAAUCAACCAGUGAUUGACUUGUUAGCUAGCAAACCAGCAGGAAUAUUAAGCAUUUUAGACGAUGAGUGUAGUUUUCCACAAGCAUCAGAUACUUCAUUCUUAGAAAAAUGUCAUUUUCAUCAUGCCAAUAAUCCAUUAUAUGAAAAACCAAGGAUGUCAGAUCCAGAAUUUUUCAUUCGUCACUACGCAGGAAAAAUCAAAUAUAAUGUUCAGCAAUUUUUAGACAAAAACAAAGAUACUCUUAGGAGUGAUGUGAUAGAAUUACUGUGCGAAAGUAAAAACAGGACAAUAGCACAGAUGUUUAAAGAAAUGAGAGAUAGAUUUAUAACGAAGACAUUGAGUAAAACCACAGGCCGUUACAUCACAGUUAAGCCAAGGACUCCUACAGUAGCAGCAGGAUUCACUGAAUCUUUACUCUCCUUGAUUGACAGCAUGUCUAAAUGUAAUCCAUUCUUCGUGAGAUGUUUGAAGCCAAACAACCACAAAGCUCCGAUGUACUUUGAAUCAACUGUUGUUCUGGACCAGCUGAGAUACACUGGGAUGUUAGAGACAAUCAAAAUAAGGAAGAUGGGAUAUCCAAUCAGAGUCAAGUUCCCAACAUUCAUUGAAAGGUAUAGAUUCCUGUUACAAGGACAAAAAAUCAGCACCCACCUGUUACCAAAUGAUGUGUGUGCUACAAUACUAAAAACACAAGGGACCCAGUUUAUUGAUCAAUACAAAAUAGGAGCAACAAAGGUUUUCAUGAAGGAGUCAUUUGAACAGAGACUAGAUGAAGUGUGUGGAAAGAUCAAAAUAGAUUCAGUGUUAAUUCUACAGAAAUCCAUACGAGGUUAUUUAGCCAGAAAAAGAUUCAUUAGAACUGUAGAAUCUACCAGGAAAAUACAGGUGGCAUUACAAGGAUGGAUAGCACGACGGAGAUUCCUUGCUGUAAAACAUGGAAUUGUCAGAAUCCAGGCGCAGUACCGUAUGUACAGACAACGUAGGAGAUACGGAAAGGACCUGAGAGACAAGUUCGAAAGAGAAAGGGAAGAAAAAGAAAGAAAAGAACAAGAGAUCAGAAGGGAAAGAGAAGAAAAGGAAAAGAAGGCCAGAGCUAUGGCUCUGAUAGCAAACCUUGAUAUUCCUGGUCAGCUGGCCUUUGUCUACAACAAGCUAGAUGAAUGGCAGUGUAUCCAUAGUGACCGACAGAUUGUUGUUAUUGAUGGUCAUGUGGCACCAUUGGACAUGAAGUAUAACCUACCAGAGGAUAUUAAUGCUCAUCCAUUCAGCAAAUUUACAAAUGUCUACUUUAAGGAUCCAAACUGGGGUGUGACUUUUGAACCCGUAAAAUCUUCAUUGACAACCUAUGUAACAGGAGAAGAUAACUCCAGACAAGCUGUCUCUACUUUCAAACUGAUCCUGAGAUUGAUGAAUGACCAGACAUUAAGUGCCAAAAAAGAAAAAGCAAUGGCUGAUUAUAUUGUACAAAUGGGUCUACAAAAUGAAUCAAUAAGAGAUGAAAUAUACAGCCAGAUUGCCAACCAGAUAUGGAAUAAUCAGAAAGUGACAGCAUUGGAGAGAGGAUGGACAUUAAUGGCUGCAUGUCUGAGUGCCUUCCCAUGUAGUGAUAAAAUAUUCAAAUAUCUACUCAAAUUUGUGUCAGAUAUUGGUUAUAACCGGUACAAGAUUAUUUGUCAACACAAAGCCUUACAGUGUGCCAUGAUUGAAGCUCAGCUGUGUAGAGUAUAUCCUCCAUGUUUGUUGGAAUGGCGAGCUAUUCAACAACAAAGUAACAUGGCUUUACCUGUACGCUUUGCUGAUGGAAGGAAGAUGAUAGGUCCAGUAGAAUCCUGGACAACUGCUGAGUUGUUUACAAGUCACUUACUGAAUACAAGAGGAUUAAAAGAGAAUAGCUUUGGUUGGACUUUACAGCUACAAGAGGAUGUGGAUUAUUAUGAGUUGAUGGGAUAUGAGUAUGUCCUUGACCUUUUAAGUGAAAUGGAGAUUCCCCCAGGAUUCCCUGUCUGCAAGUCUUACAAUCUGGUUUCCUCAGAUAGAACGAAGGAACCAUCACAAUCUACAAGGAGAGCUUAUAGAGAUACACCACACAAUACAGAUGCCCCCAGAUAUAUGGUUUUGCCUGGUCGUUUGCCAGAUCCUUUCAAAGUUGUGUCUAAAAGACUUGAAGAGAGAACUUUCUCUCCGAGAAGUAAAGAAACAAAAGACACUGAUGGAAUAGAAUUCUCAAUGACAAGUGUUUUAAACCAGAGGCCAACCGAUAUUGCUCUUGAUGGUCUAUCAGAGAGUAAAUUGAACCUACGAUACAUAAAACGAAAGGCUCCAAACCCUCCAUCACCCAAUGGUGUGACAAAUGGAUUUACAAAUGGUGAUAUUUCACCGAUUAUUGAAGGGAAAGAACUUGAUCUAUCUCAAACUAAACUAAACAAUAGAUACACUAAUGGUGUCAUUCCCAAUGGUGGGACCAAACAAAUGGAAGAUGCUCUCAGUCCAAGCUCAAAACUAAAUGCUCGUUACAUGAAGACUGGAGUUAUCAAAGGCUCAAGAAAGCCUGGAGUACAAGACAAGAUUACAAAGAAACAACAGCAAAUAGAUCGUUCAUUAGAGCUCCAGACUGCUUCAUCAGACAUUUCCCAUGCUACAGGACAAUCAGACUGGUCACAUUGGGUGGAAGAUGUGUUCAAUAGUGCAUUGGAUGAACAUGUAGAUUCAUUGAGUGAUGCUCGGUCUGUGGAGAACAGAAUGAAGGGAGGUGGUAAAGGAAUACCGGGACCCGGGAUGCAACAGGUACCAAUGAACAGAAUGAAUUCAUAUAUGACCCAAGCCCAGCCUCCAUCAUCUCUACCAUUGUUUGUGAAUGGCAAUGUUGGUGUUGCAGGAAUACCUAUCCAGAGUAGUCCAGGGGGCCAUACACCACAGCUCCCUCAAGAUAUGUCGGGGAUGUUACAAAUGCAACAGCAGUUAGCAGCUCAGCAGCUGGCACAACAACAAGCACAACAACAAGCCUUACUACAGGCUUACAUCAGUCAAAUGAAUGCUAGUAAUCAGGCACAGGCUCAAGCCCAAGCACAAGCUCAGGCCCAGGCUCAGGCUCAAGCACAAAUGCAGGCUCGUUAUCAACAACAACAACAGCAACAACUUCUACAAUCAGCACAACAACAACUGUUACAACAACAGAUGAUGGGGCAGGGACCACAGAAUAUUGUCAGUCCAGGCUCUAGUAUGAGCUCUGUUGGGGUGUCCCCAUUCACACGUCCUCAGAUGAAUGGACUCAAUGGAGGCCCGCCACCAGUAUCAGUCAGUGGUAUGACUGUAUCACAUGUGGAAAAUGGGUCAGGACAACCAAAAAAAGUAUACAAAAUAAAAUCUCAGUUCGAAGGUAGAACCGAGCACAAAAGUUUCGGACAGCAAAAUAAUGUGCCAGAGGAACAAAAGGUUCAUAUUGAUACACAGUUAAAUGAAAGUCAUUCGAGGAUGCCUAUAUCACAUGCUCCACCACCUCCAAUGCAGUUCCAGGAUCAAGAUUUAAUCAGUCCAAGGAUGCAGGUCAAAGCACCACCCCCUCCCCCUCCACCACCCCCGCCAGCAAAUAUUUUUACAGAAGAUACUUUUGAUAGGGUAAAAGGAACAUUUUCAUUUACAGACAAAUCAGGUCGUGCUAGAACUGUAAGGAUUGGUCGUGUAGUGUGGCCACCAAUAGCUGAUAGAGAGGAAAAACAGAAACGUGAAGUAGGUCGUCUGGAGAUUGAUGAGAAGGUGGAGAGAAGUUUAAACGACAGGAUGGGAGGGAAAAAACAAUGGAAGAAACCUGAGCAAGAAAUUCAAGAACCAAAGAAGGAACAUGCAAAAAGAACCAAAUCACUAGCUGAAUCUGUUCAUUUGGCAACACUGCAACUUCUGGAGAAUAAGUUAGGUGGAAAUAAAGUGGAACAACACUCAGACCAGGUCCAAACAGACGAUUUACCACCAACUCCCCCUCCACCAAGACAAGAAAUUGUACAUUAUUCCCAAAAAAUUAUAGAACGUGAACCUUCUCCACCUCCAUUACCAAAGAGUCCUCCACCAAGAUUUUCACAUAAUACGCAACAAGAGUUAGAAAGAGUGGAACAUCACGUAGAACCAGUCCAAGAGAGAACCAUCAUUGAUUACCAUACAGUAGAGAAAAUCAGGACACCACUGUACCCUCAGAGUAAAGAGAGAUUUCUUUCCUAUCAAAACACUCCAUGGAAUUUGAAUGCAAGGAAAGAGAUAUUUCAUCCAAGAGAAAGAUUAGACAACCCUACAGCCCAAAGUUUAAUCUUUGAUCAGAUUGUACAAGAUGUAUAUAAUCCAGGGUGUAUGAGAGUUAAUAAAGAUGACAGAAUCAAAAUGAGAGGCAUGCUGGAAAACUAUGGAAUAAAUGAGAGAAACUACCUCACCGGUCCUCAUACAAACCAAGUGAAGAAAAUCAUCAUAGAUACAGCUAAAGACUGGUCGUCUUAUUUCUGUAGAAUGUUCCCAGUAGCUGGUGAAGGUGAAUAUUCUGAAGUGAAGUACGUUGGUGUAAGUCAUUCGGGUAUCAGAUUCCUCAGACGGGAAAGGUCACUGGUGGAUGAUAAUUUCGAUGUAUUAGAUUUCUUCAAAUUUGAGGAUGUGAUAGAUGUACAGAUACACAAUAGAAAUGUGGCACAGAUAAACUUCAAAGAUAGAUCCGUAGUAUUCUAUACCAACAGGGCAAAACAAAUGAAAGAACUGAUUGACAUGUAUUUGUCGGAAACAGAUAGGGUUCAUAAAUAUGUUGUAGCCUCUAAAGACUACAUCACAAGGGAGUCAACUCUCCUCAGUUUCAGGAAGGGAGAUGUUGUCAAAUUAUUAGAUGCUGAAUUUCCACUAGAAAGAGGUUGGCUGUAUGGAUCUUUAAAUGGAGUGUUAGGUUAUUUCCCUGAGGAAUAUUGUAAACCUUUACAAAGACAUGAAGUUGAAAGGUCACCUAGCAAUACUAAGGAUAUUGAGAACGGGACAGGUGAUGAGGUACAAAAGGUGUUUUACUAUCCUUAUCCGGCUCAUAUGACAGAACAUGUAGUGCAAAGAAUUAUUAGACCUCCAAGCAGGGAUGGUCGUGAUAAUAUCAGCGAAACUAGUCAAGGAACAGCCGUACAAGAUGGCAAGUUUUCUAUGAUGGAAUAUUCCUUAAUGAACUUUAAGGAAUCUCAAGAAAAAAAGAGAAGUCAAAAUCACCGUCAAGGUGGUAACGUUCGUAGUGGGAACAUUCAGGGUGGUAACGUUCGUACUGGGAACGUUCAGGGUGGUAACUUUUACAAUAUGUAUCAGCAAGGUUCUGGAGACUGGUCAUGGAAGGAACAGGCAGAAAUGGUCAAAUGGACCAGGUCGCCAAUCCAGACCUCCUUGUUAAAACUGAAUUCAAAUGAAUUAAACAGACUUGCAUUGGAAUGUUUCCUAUGUGUGAUGAUGUUUAUGGAUGAUUAUCCAAUGAAAUCUGGUAUGGAUGAAACAGAUUGUGCACUCAAAAUAUUAAAGAAUUGCCAUAAGUAUCCAGAAUUAAGAGAUGAAGUGUAUUGCCAGUUAUGUAAACAAACAACCAGUAACAGGAGUAUGAAACCAAAGAGUUGUGUUAUGGGAUGGAGGUUGUUUUCAAUUGUGGCUUGUUAUUGUGACUGUACGGAAAUGUUACGACCAUUUUUAUUCAAAUAUUUAGAAACAACAGCUUCUGAUACUCAACGAACAUUUAGUGGUGCUGCAUCAAUUUGUUUACAAAACUUACGAAAAACAUUCAAAUAUGGUGGACGUAAAAAUGUGCCUCUGAAAGAAGAAAUUAGUGCUUUAGCAAAUGGAAGAAUUUCAAAAAGAUUUUCAUUUAUAUAUAGUGGAUCAGAGAAAGAAGGCAUGGUGCAUAUAAAACCUUGUUCUGUUGUUAAGGAUAUAAUAGAAGACAUCUGUAAUAGAUUAGAUAUAUUUGAUCCAGUAGAGAUGGAAGAAUAUACUCUGUUUAUAAGAACAAAAGAUGAAGCCAAUCAAAUACACUUCAGUAGAUUACGGCCAACAGAAUAUAUCCUUGAUGUCACAUCAGAGUUUGUCCGUAACAAGAGAGAUUUCUCACUAGUCUUCCAAAGAACUGUAUGGUUUUUCCCCUUCAGACAAACAGACAACAAUCUAUAUAAUGACCUCAUGUUCUUCCAGUGUCUGCCAGACUACAUGGAUGACUUAUUGCUUGUGAUGAAGGAUGGACGAUUAUCACAUCAAGAUGAGGAUGACGUUGCAUUCCUAGGAUCAUUACUAUACAGGGCUUUUGAUAGAGUUGGUAUGCCUCAAACAAAAGACCUGACCUAUUUAUUACCUGGUGCUGUACGUAAAUUAUCCGACUACAAUCCACAGAAAUGGAUAAAUAGAAUCCAUCAGCACUCGACAGAGGUGAUGAGAAGAAAUCCUUAUGAUUGCAAGGCUAAGUUUGUUGAUAUACUAGCAAGAUGGCCUUUGUUUGGUUCAACAUUCUUUGUCAUCAAGAAUCCCCCAACGACUCCAGCCAUCAAGGGAGAAUGUCUGUUAGCUGUCAAUAAAAAUGGAAUCCAAUUCCUCAAGUUACAGACACAUGUAAGCACCUGUAUCUUACAAUGUUUGUUACAUAUAAUGAGAAGAGAAACUAUUUUACAGUAUUCAUUCAGUGAAGUUUUGUCAACAAGACAAUAUAGAAGUGAAAGUAACCAACAUUAUCUGGACAUGAAACUUGGUAAUCUCAUGGUACAGAAAAUUGUCAGGAUUGAAACUGAUCAGGGAUCUGAUAUUUCCAAUUUAAUAGGACAAUACAUGACAGUCAUUGCUAAAAACAGAAAACGGCCACUUACAGACAGAAGUACUCUUGACAGGACUAGCCUACAAAGAUACCAUUGAGGACUGUUAUCACAUAUCUUUCAAGUGUCCAAAAUUCUACAAAAAUAACUUAUACCAAAGUGUAGAAUUAAAAACUAUUAAAGCAUACAUUCCCAAGAAACAGUGACAAUGAUGGUCGUGAUUAUGUUAAAGAUGUAUAGUGCUACAAUUUUUUGUUGUUGAAUAUAUUUGUAUAAAUAAUGAGAUGCAAAUUUAUUGUUUGUACAGGGUUCUAUGCAUUUCAGACUAUAUAGAUAUAUAUAUAUUAAUUGUAACCAAUGUAUAGAAAUGUUAUACUG